AUCCUGAGCUUGUAAGUUGUAACACAUAUCCCCCACACACCAACACUCAAAGAGAGAGAGAAGAGAAAAGUAAGAGAGAUAAAAUGGUUUCGUGGCUGAUGACUCUCAAGGCGGUGCUAAUCUCGAGCGGCGUCGCUUCCGUCGGAGUAUUGCUCAAGGUCUAUGUUCCGAUGGCUGUUGAUUUCUCCGUGUCGCAAGCUCCGGUCCUGUGGAGCUCUUUGCUUUCGUGGCUGAAACCGCCGUAUCUCUACGUCCUCACAAACGGAAUCAUCAUCACAAUCGUUGCGUCUUCGAAGUAUUACCGGAACUCAAGCCACCAUGGACAGGAAGGCGAUGAAUCAGCUUCUCCGCGGAUGCUGGAGGUGAAGGAUUUGAAUCCGGAUGCGCAAUUCAGUUUUGUAGCGGCGUAUCCACCGUCUCCAAAACUGGAACCGGAGGCCUUUAUGGCGGUUGUGUAUGACGACCACGAGGAGGAGACGGAGGAAGAGGAGAUAAUAGAUGCUGUGGCGAUGAUGGAAGAUGAAUCGGAGCUUAAGAGCGUGAUUAUGGUGGAAAAUUUCGAUUUGGUUGGAUCUGGUGGAGAUGAGGAUGCCAUGUUGGCGUCGGCAAAUUCAAAUCGGAUGACUGAAUCGGAAAAUCUCCCUCCCAAGGAUUCAAGAUUUGGCCACCGGGAGUCGGUGAAAGCUAGUACAAAAGGUGGAAGAAGAGGUGUGUUGAGAGUGACGAAGCCAAAGCAGAACGAUACACUGGAGAAUACUUGGAAGAUGAUAAAAGAAGGUAAGUCAACGACGUUGCCCAGACAGCUAUACCGGAGAUCAGACACAUUUAGCCGUGGAAAUUCCGGCGAGGCGAAUCCGGUUUACAGGAAAUCGGAGACGUUUAGGGACAGGACUAACCAUUACCAGUCUCAGGUGAGGAAAGAUCCCUCACUGAGUCAGGACGAGUUGAAUCGCCGAGUUGAGGCAUUUAUUAAGAAGUUUAAUGAGGAUAUGAAGUUGCAGAGGAUGGAGUCACUGCGACAGUACAAAGAGAUAACCGAUCACGCGGUUUAGUCUUUUUUUCUGCGUUUUCGUUGGUUUUUAUGCACAAAAAGAAGAAUAAACAAAACUAAAAGGGGGUGCUAACCAAAAAAUAGUCACUGUAAAAAAGUUGUGUAUAUAGCUUUAGUCAGCUACACGUUUGGUUUGUGUGGAUAGUCUUUUCUGUUGUGUAUUCUAUGUUCGUAUGUUUAUCUGUGUAAUGGACUCCCUUGGGCCUAUCUUUCCAGGCCCAAGUUUAUGGUUUUAAUGAAUUAACUAUACAUC